AACUAAAUAUACUGCGUCGUACUGCACUGCUUGCAAAUAUAUAUAUGCACAAUGCCAAUUUCAUGAAAACCAAUUGCGAUUGCAUCAUGAAAGCAAAAUACUCUAGAAAUUUCUUAACUAUACAGUGAAUACAUUGAGUGAGUGAAAGAAUUCGCGACAUCGAAUCAUCAUUGAGUUUUAUUAUUACGACAACUUUAUACUGAGACAGAAGUGCUAUUGGAAAAUAACAAUUUUUUGAAAAUCAAACUCUGAAAUUUUUGUAAAAAUGAACGUGAAAAUCUUAUUGUUGGUGUGCGCAUUGAUUACUGUGGCCACAGGCGGUCCAAUUGGUGCUGGCAUUUGUUAUGCAGGAUGUGCAGCAGUUGUUGUUGCAUGCUUCUCGGCCGCUGGUGCCGUAUUCGGAGCAACUGGAGGUGCUGCAAUCGCAGCAAGUCCAGCGUUGGUAGGUUGUAACUCGGCCUUUGGCGUAUGCGAAGCAGCCUGUGUUGCAGCACUCGUUGCACCAACUCCAUAAGAAAUUACAAACUCAACAUUUGAAGAGAUCACAGAAAGUACUACAUUUUUCAUAAUUCAUAUAAUCAUAAUAUACAUGCAACUGCAGUUUAAAAUCAUUACAAAGAAAAAUAUCACGUACCCUCUUCAUAACAUAA